GAAGAGGAGGAGCAGCUAGUGCCGCCGCCGCUGCUGCCCGCCGCCGCUUGUCCUGCCAGGCCGUGGCCCUGGCCGGGCCUCCUCAGUAGCCGGAAAGGGAGAGGCGGCGCGCCGUGUGGGGAAAGUCCCUUCCGCGAAGCGGCUCCGAUGUCGGGCGAGGCGGGUGCUGGGCUCUGAGCGGCGGCUGCGGCGUCUCCUCGUCCUUCUCAUUCAACCUCCUCCUCCUCUGCGAGGCGGGGGCGGGGGACGCAGCCGCCGACGCGACUCCCAGGCUCCGACCGAGGAGAGGCCGCGGCCUGCAAGAGCGGAGCAAGGAGGGAAGCCAGGGUUGGUGGUGGAGGCGGAGGUUGCGUCCGUCUGGGGGCACAGGAUGCCGAGCCGGGCCCCCUCGGCCUGGGCUUCCCGGUGGCCCCAAUAAAGCCCCGGCGGAAGAUCCUCGUAUGAGGCCUCUCCGCGGCCCAGGAGGCGCCUCCGUCGGGCCCUCCGUCCCCCGCUGAGUGCUGAGGUGGGCUGGGGGUCCCGGGGAACCAGGCCCCGCGAGAAGAGCCCUUCUGCGCCCCGGUCCUUUCCCUCCAGACGCGCAGCCCCACACACCCCAUAUACACUCACACUCACCCGCUGGAAGUGGAGGGAUGUCUUCUGCCAACUCCGCGGACAUGAUUGAAACCCCCCCGGUGCUCAACUUCGAAGAAAUUGACUACAAAGAGAUUGAGGUGGAAGAGGUUGUUGGAAGAGGAGCCUUUGGAGUAGUUUGCAAAGCAAAAUGGAGAGCAAAAGAUGUCGCCAUUAAACAAAUAGAAAGUGAAUCGGAACGAAAAGCCUUCAUAGUAGAGCUUCGACAGUUGUCACGUGUGAACCAUCCUAAUAUUGUCAAGUUAUAUGGAGCUUGUUUGAACCCAGUUUGUCUUGUUAUGGAAUAUGCUGAAGGAGGUUCUCUCUAUAAUGUCCUACAUGGUGCUGAACCUCUGCCUUACUACACUGCUGCACAUGCAAUGAGUUGGUGUUUACAGUGUUCCCAGGGAGUGGCAUACCUUCAUAGCAUGAAACCGAAGGCUCUCAUUCACAGGGACCUAAAACCACCAAACUUGCUCUUGGUGGCAGGGGGGACAGUUUUAAAAAUCUGUGAUUUUGGUACAGCCUGUGAUAUUCAGACACACAUGACCAACAAUAAGGGAAGUGCUGCUUGGAUGGCACCAGAAGUUUUUGAAGGUAGCAAUUACAGUGAAAAAUGUGAUGUAUUCAGUUGGGGUAUUAUUCUUUGGGAAGUGAUUACCCGUAGAAAACCUUUUGAUGAGAUUGGUGGCCCUGCGUUUCGAAUCAUGUGGGCAGUUCACAAUGGUACUAGACCACCACUGAUAAAAAAUUUACCCAAGCCUAUUGAGAGCUUAAUGACUCGCUGUUGGUCAAAAGAUCCCUCACAACGACCUUCAAUGGAGGAAAUUGUCAAAAUAAUGACACAUUUGAUGCAGUACUUUCCAGGAGCAGAGGAACCUCUACAAUACCCUUGUCAGUAUUCUGAUGAAGGCCAAAGCAACUCUGCCACUAGUACAGGUUCCUUCAUGGAUAUGACUUCCACAAAUACUAGUAACAAGAGUGAUGCCAACAUGGAACCAAAUGACUUUCCAGGAACUGCUACCAAUGACACUAUUAAACGCUUGGAGUCAAAACUGGCCCAGCAGAUGAAAAAUUCAGCAAAGCAGUCGGGAGAGCCUGGCCGUUUGAGCUUACCUCCAUCUCGCGGUAGCAGUGUCGAGAGCUUGUCAGAAGUUCGUGGGCGACCGCAGUCAACCCUUGUUUCAGGAGAAAGCAAACGAAUGAGUGCUGAUAUGUCUGAAAUCGAAGCAAGAAUUGCUGCUACCACAGCCUUUUCCAAACCUAAACGAGGCCAUCGUAAAACUGCUUCAUUUGGCAACAUUCUGGAUGUCCCAGAGAUCAUCAAACCAGCAGGCAACGGACAACAGAGGCGCAGAUCUAUUCAAGACCUUAGUGUUGCUGGGACAGAUUCCAACCAGGAAAGCAGGAACAACAGUAGAUCAUCUAGUCCUAGUGUGAGAAUGAUCACUACCUCGGGACCAACCUCUGAAAAGCCAGCUCGCAGUCUUCCAUGGACACCUGAUGACUCCACAGAUACCAAUGGGUCUGAUAACUCCAUCCCAAUGGCAUAUCUCACAUUAGAUCACCAAUUGCAGCCUUUACAGCCAUGUCCAAACUCAGAAUCUAUGGCUGUAUUUGAACAGCACUGUAAAAUGGCACAAGAAUAUAUGAAAGUUCAGACAGAAAUUGCAUUGCUGUUGCAAAGAAAGCAAGAACUAAUAGCAGAACUGGACCAGGAUGAAAAAGACCAGCAAAAUACAUCACGUCUGGUACAAGAGCAUAAAAAGCUUUUAGACGAAAAUAAAAGUCUUUCCACGUACUACCAGCAAUGCAAAAAACAGUUGGAAGUUAUCCGAAAUCAGCAACAAAAACGUCAAGGGACAUCAUGAUUCAGUGGGACUUCAAAUUGACAAUGUUGCACAGAAAAACUUCUUUUUAAAAAUUAUCCCUUAAUAUGACAUCUGAGUGUUCCCUUAUUGGUGUGUGCUGAAUGUGUAGACAUACCUGCUGCUCUUCCAGCAUCAGUCCAGUAUCCUUUUUAUUUGAUUGAACAUUGAGUUGUUUGAGAAAGGUAUGAGCAGCUACAGGAAUUAUCAGCAGCACUAAACAGAAAACAAAAUGCAAUGAACUCUGGCUGUUUGCAUGCCCCUCGUGUGAUGGCUAGCCUACCAAAAGUGAUUUAAGUGGCUGCUAAAUUGUAAGAUCUUUUGGUGUUAACGCAAUAGGAACAGUAUAGACCCCCCCCCAAGGCCCAUUUUUAGAAUGUUUUUGUUAUUCCCCCAUCUCGGACUGUUAGCAAGAAUCAGUCAUUUUCCAGGACUCCACCAAGCACGAGAGCUGAUGCUGGCGAAACACUGCAUCCUUUUGAAUAUGGGAAGUCUAAGCUGAGGCCACCAUCACUGGUUGAGCGCUUGAUCACCCUGCAUUUUGACUAAAAUUUCUUGUAAUCAUGCUAUCAUACAAUCCUGUAUUUUCUUUACAUUUGAGAGUUAAAGAAUGGAAAGAUAUGGUGAAGAAGUUUAUCAAGCCCGUAUGUUCAAAUUGAGGAUAAAGAUUCAAUAAGCCAAAUGGAUCCAGUUACAUUGUG